ACGAAGUUUCAGCCAUAGUUUUAGAUAUAGGUUCGAGUUGGACACGUGCUGGGUAUGCUGGUGAAGAUACUCCAAAACUCGUUUUCCCAACUUCAUAUGGCUAUCUUCCAGAAGAGAAUGUGGAAAAUGAUGGAGAUAUAGUUAUGGGAGAAAAUAGCAACGCGAACCUCGGCAACAGUGAAGGUGAUCCUUAUUAUCCCAGAAGAAAGAAAAGACCUAAAAAGCGUAGAGGGUCAUAUAUUAUAGGAGACGCGGCUAUAACAGCUUGGAGACCUUCCAUGGAAAUUAAAAAUCCUCUUAUUUGGGAUUACAUUUUUUGGGAAGAUCAACUUGAUAUUGAUCCCAAAGAACAUCCAUUGUUUGUGACUGAAGCAGCUUGGAACACGAGAGAAAUUCGUGAAAAGCUUACUGAAAUUGCGUUUGAAAAGUACCAAACCUUGGCUUUUUAUAUAGCUAAGAAUCCUGUUCUCUCCGCAUUCGCAGCGGGUCGUCCAACUGCUAUUGUUCUCGAUUGUGGUGCCAGUAGUACAAGCUGUGUGCCCGUAGUUGAUGGAUAUGUUCUUAAAAAAGGAAUUCAUAAGCAACCAAUUGCUGGAGACUUUCUUUCUGAAUAUUUAUUACAACAAAUUCAAUCAAAUCCUCAAAUUAGUGUGAUACCACAUUAUUUAAUUGCAAAGAAAUUUGUUGUGGAUGCGGACAAACCAUCCAACACAAUUUUGCGAGACCGACCGAAUACGACUGAGAGUUAUCAUAAGUUUAUGCAGAUGAGAGUAUUGCACGAAUUUAAGGAAUCAGUAUGUCAAGUAUUUGAAACAACUUAUGAUGAAUUAGUCAUUUCCGCUCGACCAAUGAAAACUUUCGAAUUUCCUGAUGGCUACAACACAUCUUUCGGUCCUCUUAGGUUCAAUGUACCUGAGACCUUGUUUAGUCCACAAAAAUUUUUAUCACAGUCAUCCUUAGAAGGUAUAGAUGUUUCUUCAUUAUUAGGAGUACAUGAAAUGAUUUGUAAUAGCGUUAAUUCUUGUGACAUCGAUUCACAACCUCACCUUCUAAAUAACAUUAUCCUGACUGGGGGAACCACUCUUUUGCCCGGUUUUACUGAUCGUGUGAAUUAUGAAUUGAGUAUGAUGAGGCCAGGGAGUAAAAUUAAGAUUCAUGCACCGGGAAAUACAAUUGAGCGUAAAUGUAGUAGUUGGUUGGGAGGUUCGAUUCUAGCUUCUUUGGGAACAUUUCACCAACUUUGGAUCUCACGAAAAGAAUAUGACGAUUACGGGAAAUCCAUUGUGGAAAAGAAAUGCGAGUGA